AUGGACAUCAACUUGCUCUCCUUCGGGGCUAUGGCUGGUUCUCGCCCCUGGGUCACCCGCCCGCCGCCGUUCAGGAGCGGGCACGCGGGCUGCGCCCAGGUCACUGCGCGCCCCCGGAGGCGCAGGGGAGCCCCGCACCGCGACGCUAGGCGCCCGGUGUGCCCAGCCCAGCCCAGCCGGGGGCAGACUCCGCCCCGGCCCGCCCCUGCCCGCGCUCCCCGCCUAGCUGGCGCUGCUGGCGCGGCACACUCCCGUCCCCCUGAGUCCUCUGGUCCUCGAGGGCGGCAGGACCCGCGCAGGGAGCCCAUGGAGCCGGCGCGUGCGCGCCGGGAGGACGGCAGGGCAGAGGAGCUGCUGGGCCAGCUGGAGGGGCUGGUGAAGGACGUGGUGAGGGCGAGUUCGUGGUGGGAGCGCCGCGGCGUGGACUGCGCCAUCCUGGCGCUCAGCCUCCUCGCCGUGCCGGCCGGGUUCCUGUGCCUGCGCUCUGAUAAUGUCCUGGUCUUCGCGGUUGGCAUCACCAUCUUGGGUGUGUGCCACUAUACACUCACUGUCAAGGGCAGUCACCUGGCCACUCACAGUGCCCUCACGGAGUCCAAAUACUGGAACAAGAUCUUAACGCUCUUCUUUGUGGAGGUAUGCACGGCCUUCCCUGCAGAGUAUGCUAAGUAUGGCCACGUCAAGCUGCACCACGGCUACACCAAUGUGGUGGGGCUGGGGGACUCAAGCACCUGGAAGCUGCCUUGCCUCAACCGCUACAUCUACAUGUUCCUUGCACCCUUCUUAAUCCCCAUUGUAACCCCUCUGGUGGCUCUUGAGCAUCUGAGGAAGGUGGAGCUGAGGUCAGCUCUGCAGACACUGGGCCUGAUUUCCCUGGGCCUCUAUUCCCACUACUGGCUGCUCCUCAACGUGUCAGGGUUCGGGAGCCCCAGCUCAGCCCUGGCCUGCAUGCUGCUCACCAGGUCUCUGCUGGCCCACCCCUACGUCCACGUCAACAUCUUCCAGCACAUCGGGCUCCCCAUGUUCUCCCUGGACAAGAAGCCCCGGCGGAUUCACAUGAUGAGCCUGGGUGUCCUUAACCUGCCCCGGCUGCCAGUGCUGGACUGGGCGUUCGGCCACUCACUCAUCAGCUGCCACGUGGAGCACCACCUCUUCCCCACGCUCUCAGACAACAUGUGCCUGAAGGUGAAGCCCGUGGUGUCCAAGUUCCUCCGUGAGAAGCAGCUGCCAUACAACGAGGACUCGUACCUGGCUCGCUUCCGGCUGUUCUUCGAUCGCUAUGAGGAGUUCAUGGUGCAGGCCCCACCGAUCACGGAGCUGGUGGGGCUGCAGUGAGGGCUAGGCUCCAGUCCUGGCCCAACCCUGGCUCUGCUGUUGCUCCUGGCCCCAAGGGUGUGGUGCAGUGGAGGGUCAUGGACCUGGAGUAUGGAGGACUUGGACCAGCAGCGAGACAGGCCAGCUCGUGCUGUUUGUUCUUCUGGGAUUCAGGGAGUGUCUGGGGAAAGGGAACAAUGGUGGCUGAGCAACAUGGCCAGUCUGGGCCUCGGCUGGCUCCAUCUCCAAAUCCCUCCCUCUGGCCAUCUGAGCCUGUGGAGGGUUGGAGGUGGGGGACAGAAGGUGAGGCAGCAUCUUGUUUGUGCCCCAGCCACCUGGGAGAUGGGAGGAGGCACACACAGGAGUGUCAGCCCCUUGGGCUGGGGCCUUCCUGCUGCCAGGAGCAUUGCACACUGGCUUGGCCAUUGUUGCUUCUGCACUGUUUGAGGCCCUGUCUCCCAGUGGCCCUCUCCCCAGGUACCACAGGGCCAGUCAUUGUUGGCAGACCUCCUGAGUUCAUCAGCCAGAGCAGCUUGUGCGGGACACAGGCUCAGCAGUUCCCAAGGCCCACGGUCUCAGUGAGAUGAAAGUAUGGAAGUAAGGGGGGACAAUACCUCAGAGACAGAGCUGGGGAAAGAGUAUGCAUAGCUUUAAGCUUGACCUUGGCUAGUUCUAGAAAAGUGCUUUGUUCCAUGACGAUUAGAAGCAGGGAGAGAAAGUUAGCAGGCAGUAGCUGGGGUUGGAGAGGGUUAUGGGAACUGGGUCUGCAGGACAGGUCAACUGAAGAGAGAAAGAAAAGCUUGAAGUCAAGGGCAACUUGGCAGUAAGGUCCAUAGCCUGGGCAUGAGGUGGGGAUAUAAGGGAGCUACUGAUGCCAAAGUGUGGGGCACCACUGAGAUUAAGCCCAAAGUAGGCAGAGUUGAGAGGUUGGGACUGAGAGGGUGCAAGGAAGUUCCUAGGUGAAGGCUAAGGAAGGGGCAGAGAAAGGGGCCAGGCCUGGGACAGAAGGCCAGAGCAGUUAUGACGAGAUUUCUCACCUGUCACUAUUGACAUUUUAUCUGGAUAACCCUUUGUUGCUGUCCUGUGCAUCAUAAGAUGUUUAGCCAUGCUCCUGGCUUCUAUCUACUAGAUAGAUGCUAGGAGUCCAAGUUAUGACAAUCAAAAAUGUCCCCAGACAUAGGCCGAUAUCCCCUGGGGGGUCAAAAAUCAUCCCUGGUUGAGAACAUGCAAGUCAUUCUUCUGGGCUCAUAAUUGCCUGACUUUUCAGUUAAGGCUAUAGAUGUGGUGAAGGGCACAUUGACCCUGAUGAAGGGAAGCUAAAGACCAGCAACCGGGAGCCCUUGAAAUAAGUGAAGGAGGUAGACAAGAAGUAGGCAGAAGACAGUGAAGCCAUUCUGAGCCCAGGCCAUCAGAAGCCUUUCUGUGUCCAGUGUGGCCCGGAACAGUUCUGCUGGCACCAGCCCUGUCUGUCCCUCCAGAUCCUCCCUCAACCAUCUCUGCCCUGCCCCCUCUAGCAGAGGCCACAGCUCCUUCAGGCACCCUUGCUUCCAGCUCUGGUUCUUACGAGUUCCUGAAUAACUCCCUCUUUGGCCUCCUUCGGGCCCAGCUUGGCAGUGGUUUCCAGCUGUUGCUGGCCCCAAGAUGUUUCUUUGUUCCCAUAAUCCUGCUCACACCUCUGUGCAAAGUCCCUUCAUGAAACUCUCCUCAGUCACCCCUUUGGAGUAUUCCCGAGUUCCCUGCUGGGAGGCUCGCCAAUAAGAGCAGAGUUUUGGAUGCAAGCAGCCCUCUUGGAACAGGGAUAUGGUAGCUUGGCAGCUUCCCCAGCCUACUGCUCUGCUAUAUGUUAUUGCUGCUCUUUUGAAAGGCAUUAGCAGCUCAGAAAUGGUCUUAGGGUCUGGGAGUAUAAUUCAUCAAACUGCUAAUUCUCCAUAUGAAAAAUGCAAUGUCAGAGAAAGGCCCUGUGUAUAUCCCAGGCUAAUGAUUAAAACUAUCCAAAUAUACAACUCAUGACUCAUUGUUCUUGAUCUGGACCUGAAUGGGAUAUGGGCAGAAGCUGGGGGUCCUGGUGCCAAACCUAAGUGUAACAUGGACACCCCAGAAACAAAUCAACUUGGUCUCUGUGAAGCUCAAUUUUCUGUUACUCUGACUACCUGGGGCUUGAGAGAUGAGGUGAUAGCAGUGAAUAAAGUGUUUUUAAGGCUC